AUGUCUAGCGAUAGAAGAAGUGACAGGCGUCCCCGACAAGACGAGAAACGAAACGAUAGUGACGAUCGUGAUAAGGAAGAUGACCAUUCAAAUCGUCGGUCUGACCCGAGUAAUGACGGGCCGAGCAGACGGUCCGGAAGGAAUAGUGGUAGGAGUAACGACCGGAAGUCGAGUAGGGACGAUGAGCAGUCCAGCAGAGAAGACCGGAAGUCGAGUAGGGACGAUGAGCAGUCCAGCAGAGACGACCGGAAGCCGAGUAGGAACGAAGGACAGUCCAGCAGGAACGGCCGGAAGUCGAGUAGGGACGAUGACCAGCCCAGCAGGAGCGGCCGGAAGUCAAGUAGGGCCGAUGAACAGUCAAGGAAGGAGGACCGGAAGUCUAAGAUGGAGGGGGAGAAUAAUGGGGAAGAUAGGAAAAGCAAGUCAUCACAUGGUGAUAAUGAUAAUAAGAAAACUGACCGUGAUAUGGACGAAAUGAUCGAGACCAAUUCCGUUCUUGCAGAAAUAGCAGAGCAAACGUGUCGCUAUGGCGACUGUUUAAUGUUCCUUUCGGAAGUUAUACAUGCGCGGAAGUGUCUCAGCGAUAAACAGCGGGACAUGUUUUGGUCAUCGUUCAGAAACCAGACGAGCUCGAAACGCAACUCGUGGAGGAAAAGCUUAGAACUAGAACGAAACUCCGACAAAAAAGAAAAGGAGGCAUCCGCUGCGGAGUAUAGAAAUAAACUUUCGAAAAAAAUUGUGACAAACUGCAAGUCAGUAUUGACAUUAAUAGAUGAUUACCUUAUUCCAUAUUUAGACGACUCGUCAGGUCAUAACGAGAAGAGUGACAUCGUGGCACGAAUAUUUUACCUGAAGGUCAAAGCGGACUCCAACAGAUACAUGUGGGAGAUCACAGAGGACAAACAAGACCGGAAGCGAUAUGAAAACGAGGCAGACAAAUCAUACGAACGCGCCUAUGACAAGGCGGUUAGGGAAAUUGGCCCUGCAAUCCCUCUUCGGUUAGGGCUGGCUCUUAACUAUUCCGUUCUCCAGUACGAAGUCCUUGAAAAUAAAGAUAAGGCUCGUUCUUUAGCCAUGAAAGCGGCCGAUGACGCCGAACCGGAAGUGGACAAACUGGAUAAGGAUGAUAAAAUGGCGAGUGAAUCAAUCAUAGCAUCCCUGGAGCAUAAUAUCCACCUAUGGAAACAUCCCAAAGACUGA